GACAAAAAGAAGGCAGAAAGCAGAACGAAAAUGAGUUUUGACGUAGUUCCAGUACAUUUCAUCAAUGACAAGAAUUGUUUUAUAUCACUUCCAUCUCCAAUCAUCAAAAAAAUUGCGAAUAAAUCAGAGUUAUUGGUGUUCGAAGUUCAGGCAGAUGAUGGUGUCACAGUAUAUGCAUCAGUUAAAGAUGUCACUUCAAAUAAUCACUUAGGAAUCAAUGGAUUAUUUGCUGAGAAACUAAAAUUGAAAGAUAAACAACAGGUCAUUGUGAGGGUAAAGAGAAACGUUCCCAUAUGUAGCCAGGUGUCUAUUGAACCACAGUCAUGUGAUGACUGGGAAAUAUUGGAAAAGCAUGCCAGUUAUGUGGAAUCUCACCUGCUUGACCAGGUGAGGGUUGUAUGGUCUGGUCUUGUCCUACCUGUAUGGGUGGAGAGAAAUGUCUGUGUCUACCUGAAAAUCACUGUUACAAAUCCAGCAGAGGAAUGUGUAUUGUUAGUCGAUGACACCGAGGUUGUUGUGUCUCCUAAAGUCCGAGGGGCUACGGUCAAUGACUGUAAAGUAAGGAAAUCUAGUCCCUCCCCAGCCAGAGAGGAGGAUAAACUUAAGCUAUCUGGUGAGAAAAGUUUUGACUCUAAUAAUUCUGUUAAUUCUGGGUAUUCUUCACAUCAAAUGGAUAUUCCUUCAAAAUGGAGUUGGAAGGAAUGGGUGCCAUGGUUACUGGGUGUGCAGAACACUUCCAAUAGGAUUCAGGAGCCAUUCCAUACAGGUUUUCCAAAUUUUCGUAAAAAGUCGAUUGAUUAUAAAAAGACAGAUACUAUUCCGGAAGGACUUAAUUUCACAUUUCGGGUUCAGCCUCAGAGAAUAAGAAAUAUGUGCAAAAAGGGGAAAAAAGAAGAACUUGUAAGUCCAACCCCAAGUUCAGAAAACUUCGAAGAGUGCCCAUUCUUACAACAGCCAGCUGUUGUUUUCGUAAAUACAGAAGAUAUCAUUGAACAAACUGGUAACAUGAGCUUACAUGUUCCUGGAAUGUUUUUAGCCAGACUUUCAAAGCUUUAUUCACCUAAAGUUCAAAUGACAGAAAUGGAAAAAGAAUUGAAUGAAGAAAAAAACAAAGGGAAACAGAAAUCAGUCCAAUCUACAAAGGGUGAGAAUUCAAAAUCUCCACCAAAUAAAGAGAAAGACCACUUGACUCAGUGUGUUGUAAGAGUAGUUGUGCUGGACAAAAAGAAAACCAAUACAAAUAUUCACUGUGAACAGAUGCUGAAUGAAGUGACGAGAGAGCAUCCAAUACUCUGCCAUCAUGUGCUAAUUUCUGACACUCUCCGGAGAUUGAUGAAACUCGAUGCAACCAGCUGUGUUUGGUUGCAGACAAUAUCUACCUUUCCAAUUAUGCCCACUUCAUAUGAAGUUUAUCCAGUAGGAAAUCUACCCCCUAAUUUCAACAAUCAGAUGGUAGAGAUGGCCUUUAGGAGAUGGAUAUCUGUUGCCACAACAUCCAAGCUUCCUCUGGUGGUAUUCAGUGGAAUGCUAGUAGAAUUUCUACUAUUUAAGGACAAAAACAUGGAAUUCCAAUUAGUUUUCCCAGGGGAAGUCCACCAACAAAAUCCAGAAAUUCCUCCAUACAGCUUAGUGAACCAGGGCAAUAUGAAUGAUGCCCCAUUAAAUGUGGUCAGACAUGACACUCAUGCUUCACCGAGAUGGCCUGUCCUUCCCAUGCUGCAGUACACCAAUUUAGACACCAUUGACCCCAUGCUUCCUCGGACACAGCUCUCUGAUUUAGGAGGUGUGGAAGAGUACAUACCCAAGGCCUUAUCACACUUAGAAAUUUGCCUGGGCAUGAAGCCCCUGGCUGACGGUAUGUUUAAGAUGACUACCCCGGGGCUCUACAAUGGAAUGCUCCUCAUCACUGGGAGUAGAGGAAGCGGCAAAAGUUCACUUGCCAAAGCUUUAUGCAGAAAAAUGGCAGGAAAAGAAAAUUUGGCUCAUAUCUUUUAUGUAGAGUGUAAACCACUCAGAGGAAAACGUCCAGACAGUAUUUUGAAGUAUUUAGAGGAGGUGUUUGAUGAGGCAGUGUGGAGGCAACCGUCUAUAAUUCUUCUAGAUGAUUUAGAUCAUGUGGUGCCUGCCCCUUCUGGCCCAGAGGCAGAACUUGGUGGGGAGGCAAUUUACGGAGCCAGAAUUGGUGAAGUGAUAAGAGACAUAUUGCGGAAAGAAAUUACCAAUGGAGGUCUUAUUGCUGUCAUAGCAACAAGUCAGUCUCGGAACUCCAUUCAUCCCCUUCUGAUGACUUCAAGAGGAACUCACUUUCUACAGGAACUGAUACGAAUCAAUCCUCCAGAUAAGAAAAAGAGACAAGAAAUCUUUAGAGCAAUUAUCAGGAACAGACACAUGGUUUCUCAGCAAACAUUAGAGCAGCUGGAUCUUAAUGUUAUUCUGGGAAGAACAGAGGGUUAUGUAGCACAAGACCUGGAAAAUCUUGUCAGUCGAGCUAUCCAUGCACAUACUAUCAAGCAAGAGAAGGACCCUAACCAAUCAGCAGACAAACCUCAACCAGAGAUGGUCCUCACCCAGACCGACUUCACAGAGGCCAUGUCAGGGUUCACACCAGCAUCCAUCAGGAAUGUCCCGCUGCACCAGGCAGGGGAAUUAGGGUGGGAGGAUGUGGGUGGGCUCACAGAUGUCAAGAAAACGCUGAUGGAAACCCUCAUGUGGCCCUCCAAGUACCCCAUGUUAUUUUCCUCCUGCCCUCUGAGACUAAGGUCCGGUUUACUGCUCUAUGGGGCCCCAGGGACAGGGAAGACACUUUUGGCAGGAGUAGUGGCUAAGGAAUGUGGACUCAACUUUAUCAGUAUCAAGGGGCCAGAACUUCUGAGUAAAUACAUUGGUGCUAGUGAACAGGCUGUCAGGGACAACUUUGUGAGAGCUCAAAGUGCCAAGCCAUGCAUUUUGUUCUUUGAUGAGUUUGACUCUCUGGCUCCAAGGCGUGGCCAUGACAACACAGGGGUUACAGACAGGGUCGUUAAUCAGCUGUUAACCCAGUUAGAUGGGGUAGAGGGGUUGGAAGGAGUGUAUGUACUGGCAGCCACCAGUAGGCCUGAUUUAAUUGACCCAGCACUUCUUCGUCCUGGUAGAUUAGAUAAGUGUCUACAAUGCAAGCUCCCAAAUGAGGAAGAACGGUUAAAGAUUUUCAAAGCCCUUACAAGGAAAAUGUCUCUGGGAAAGACUGUGGACUUGGAAUAUUUUGCCAAGGAGUGUGAGCACUUUUCAGGAGCUGACAUCAAAGCAUUAUUAUACAAUGCUCAGCUAGAGGCUAUCCAUGAACUUACAGGAAAGGUACUAAAGGGAGAGAAUCCUAAUCUUUUACUUCCACCAGUAGAAGGCAACAAGAACCAAAGGAGUCCUAGGGUGCCUAGGAAGUCCAAGAGUCAAAAGCUGCUGAAAGUGGAGGCAGUGCCUCCUAAAUUGUCCACCAAUAAAAAGAUUGCUCACAUUCCUAAGUUACAGGAUGGUCCUUUUCCUCUCACAGAGGAAGUAGAGGAAAAACUCUCUAGUCAGGUUGAACAAAUCAGAGGUCGAUUAAUAGUAAAUAAGGCUACAGAACAUGUAUCAACCGUGGACUCAAUGUUUUCUCCAGUGACAACCUCUAAAGGUCAACUGAUCCAAAUCAACCAAUCACAUUUACAAGCUGCCCUGCAAAAGACUCACCCGUCAGUUAAUGAGAAAGAAAGAAGGAAAUUUCAACAAAUAUACGCGAAUUUUACCGCCACUAAAGGAGGUGGCCCAGGGACCUCUAUUGAACAGAUGAUUGGGAGCAGGCAGACAUUGGCUUGAGGAUUGGAGUAACACAUCUACUUUUUAAAACAUGUAUAAAUGAAAUUCAAAUACACAUAUUCGUUUCGCUGUGAUAACAACACUAAAAUCCACAUAAAUGUUGUAACUAUUUGCUUUGGUGUUGAAA